CUCAUCUCUCUUGCUAGUCAUCUACCAAAACAUCAUAUUAGCAUGCUCAUGUGGCUCUGCACCAAGCACAUUUCCUUCAACCAACACCACCACCACAUCAGCAAAAGCCCCUCCCCCAACUGCCUGCACUGUGAAAACACUGCAGAAACAGUUCUGCAUUACCUGCUCAUCUAUCCCCAAUAUGCAAGGGCUUGCCAUGUUCUAACCUCUACCCUUCGAUGCUGUGCAUCCUCUAUACCCUACCUACUCUCCAACCCCAAAGCAAGUGCACCACUCAUCCAUUUCGUCAAUAGCACAGGCCGUCUGCGAUCAACCUUCAGUGAUGUUUCCCCCCAAACUCGAAAUAACAGUUGA